AUGAGAAAUACUUUUUUCGUCUGAAUAUUACUACAACUUGUGAUUUGCUGAAUACUUGCUACUACCUCACCUCCUCAGCCCCGAGCCAACCGUAAUCCCUCCUCUCUACCAAAUAAAAGACCCUUCCCAUUAUCAACUCUAAACCAUGACUUGAUCUUGGAAUUUGCUCUACAAGACAUUAAAUCCAGUUCCCAAAAGCAUGUUCAAAACGCCAAUACUCAUAUUUUCCAACCUCUGAGCUCUUCAGCUAAAUCAAGCUCUAAAACAACUUCUAAGCCAUUUGAGAAACCAGCAGCUGAAGAGUUCUGAAGAACGCAAGAGUCUAAGAUCGGAGCACCACUUGACUUCACAAAGGUAUGGAGCUUCGAGGUUCUAGGAAUCAAGGUCCUGCUCCAGCUCCAGUUUAUACUGAAGAUGGGCUGGUUUGUGGUGCAGGGAGAAGCUAGAGAAAAUGGGUAUCAGGUCACUUAUAUUCCUUUCCUGCUGGGAUACUCUUAUUUGUGGACAGAUGUUGACGCAGGGAUCUCUAAGUUCUAUAUUGACCCAAAUUUUCAGUAUGUCUGGAUGUAUGUCCCCGUUGAUGUGGUUUUAACGAGCGAAAGGAUCUGAAUGAAAGCAGUCUACAAUCUUGCCCCAAUGCAUUUUUAUGUUGAGCUGAAUCCAUUUCUCAAAGAGUGAAAAUUUGAGAUAUUUGAUGAAAUCUUAUCAGAAGAACCUUUGAAUUCUGAAUGAAAUGAUGUGAAAAACUUGACUGCUGUUGUUGCAAAUACCCAUUUAUCUCCAGGACAUUCACAGCUCUUGUUUGAUAUGUGUGUAAAUUUCUAACUCAUCUUUUAAAUUUCUCUGUUUUUUCUGAUGAAAUUAUAUUUUUAUGAGUUUUUGAGGCAGGUAAAAUUUAAUU